AUGGAGAGAGGACAAAAUUAUAAUGCAUACGCUGAAUUGAGGGAGAAGAGGUUGCGUUCAAAGUGCUUGAUGGGAGUUCAAGAAGAGAAUUUGGAGAUUGAAAUUGAACCAGCAAAAGUUGCUACUGCAAUAACGAAACAGGUUAGGUUUCAAGAAGAAAGUUUUGAGAUUGAAUCACAAAAACUUGCAACUCCAACAAGGAAAAAUGCAAACUUUCAAAGUGGAUCAACUUAUGGGAAAAGAGGUUCUUUUGAAAAAGAAGUAAAAUUUGAAAUUGAACAACCGAAAUUUGUAAACCCCAACAAGGAAAGAGGAAAGAAAAUAGGAAGCCGUCAAAAUUUUCUGCCUUUGGUGGUGGAGACGAAGACGCCGCCACCUUCCAAGAGUAUUUUCUAUAAGGAUAAUAACAUGACAGGCUCAAUUCAAGAGGAAGCAAGUCAGAGAGUGCAAAGGAGAAGAAGAAAACAAUUGGCGGCGGUGGCAGUGUUUCUCCCAUCAGUUGAGUAA